AAUGGCAGAAGCAGCGGCUACAGUCGAUUUCGAGAAACCAGUCGACGGCGUUCUUAUUAGCGAGUAGAUUGACAUAUCAUCAUCAAAAUUAUUACGCGGUAACAGUUUUCCUUUCUGUCUGUUUUUCUGUGACCUUUAAGCGUAGAAAAUGGGAGUUUACACCACCACGACAAAGACCCUGAAUUAUUCGCAAGGUGAUCCAGGAUUCAUGAAUGCCGUGGAUGCUACUAUCACCAGCACGCCCGGACAGAAUUUUUCUUACCUGGGGAAGCCCAACGGCCUGAUCAAGCUGAUCCAAGUUAUUCUCACGAUCAUCGCCUUGGCUUUGGUGGCAUCUCAGCGUGAAGAAUAUCGUCCACUGGAAGAUAUUGCUGCUCCGCGUUACCAAAUUUUCGGAAAGAACAACGAUACCACCGUUCCGCCGUUGAUUCCGAAUACCAUCGCUCCUGAUUUCCCGAACACCACCGUUACGCGCACCUACCAGGAAGAACUUUUUAUGGUGGGUGAAGUAUACUUCCUGUGCGCCCAUACUGCGGUGUUAGUUGUCCUCGUGACCUUCCUCAUUUCCUACUUGUUCCACGUCAUCUCUUCCGUGGUGGUGCCAAAGACCAGUGUCCUGGAGGUCACCAGCAGCUUCGUCUUGGCUCUUCUGUUGAUUGUUGCCGGGAUCGUUGAGAUCGUUAUGACAGUGAAGUGGAGAUCCGAGUACAUUCCCGAGCCCUUCGACGCCACACGAUAUCUGAUGUUCCACUCGGCUGAAGCCAUGCGCCUCGUCGCCGGAUCCCUCGCUUUGUUCAACGGAAUAUUGGCUUUCUUCGCGUUCGUCCGGGCCCGCAAGGAGUUGAACGAAGGAUACGUUCAGAAGCCCAUGUAAAGGUCAGGGCUCGCAAGCUGAAGCAUUAAUCAGACCGAAUCUAAUUUAUUGUGUCGUAUUGUAAUGGCUGUCCGUGUUUUCGCCGUAUUCGGCUUUGAUAUGCAAAUGUUUUUUUACAUAAUUUACUGUUUGAGAAUUCAUUAUCAUAGAUCGUAUCAUAAUUGUCUUUGUAAUCGUCAAUUUUAUUUGUGUUGUCUGUUUUUUGGCAAGAUAUUGUUGGCCUGUGUGAAUUAAAUCAAUCGUAUUAAAAGACGCUGUGGAA